AUGGUCGCUCUUGCCACAAUGAACAGGACUCUCGGCACCGCCGCCCCGAGCGCGGGUGGCAGCCUCAAACGCAAGCAAAUCGACAACUCGUCCGACGCCGAGAACGCGACCCCAGACACGCUCAAACGCCGCCGAGUCACUUUCCACCCCGAAGUCAACGUGCGGAUAUUGAGCGAGCACCACGAGAAGAGUCUGGAGCUGGUGGGUGAGGAGGUGCGGCGCGCCAUCGAAAGGCAUGCGACAGGCGACAAGGCGGCCUACGAUGGGCUCAAAGCCCUCUUCAAAGAAGCACCAACGUCCACAGGUGCACCGCUAUCGCGACUUUUGCAAAAGUACCUCAUCGCACUCACCGAACACACGCCAAAACUCGACGGCAACUGCAAGGGCCUGGUGCAUGCCGUCAUCGAUUGCAGUUGGAUAGCGCGUAACGAAGACUUCCUGCGCUCCUACCGAAUGUUCCUGCGCAGGCUGCUUUCAGUGCAGUCGAGCUACAUGUCGACCGUGCUGCAGAUGCUGGUCGACAUGUUCCUGAGUGCGCCUUCCGUCAAUGCCAGGCAGCAGGACGACCCACCGAUCCAAAGAGUCCGCCUACAAGCACGCGUACACGAGACCCUUGUGGACAUAUUACGAUACAGUCCGAUGGCGAGUUCCUUCCUCGCGCCCGUCAUCUCCAGCACCUUCCCCUUCUCCAACGACACCGCAAAGGUCCACGUCGAGUACAUCCGGAACAUCUUCAAGGUUACAGAGUACGCGCCGGAGAUCAGAGGCGAGAUCUUGGCGCUCGUCACGGACAAGCUAUGCAAGAUCGAUGCACAGAUGCAGGUAGACAUGGAAGAGAUUGACGACGACUUGGAGGAGCGACUCAUGGACGGGGCCAUCAACGAUGAGGAAGACGACGACGACGACGACGUGAGCGAUGACGGCUCCGUAUCGAGUGACGAGAGCCUCGACCCGGAAGAGCAGCGACUCAAAGACAUCAAAGACAUGAUGCUCAAGCUCGACACCGUCAUGGACGUGCAAUUUUCCUACUACGACUCCGUUUUCGAACGGAACGACUAUCAAGAGAUGGAUCGCACCUACCAAACCCUCAUCGCGCAGUUCCAGUCCAUCAUCAUCCCGACCUACCGCUCGCGACAUACUCAAUUCGUGCUCUUCCACUUCAGUCAGAUCUCGACAGAAUUCAUGGGGCGGUUCAUAGACACCUGCUCGCACCUGGCUAUAGAUCGGAACCGACCCCCGCUACUACGCUCAGCCGCAUGUGCCUACCUCGCCUCCUACAUCGCGCGCGGCGCGCACGUUCCUGGCUCCAUUGUUCGCGACGUCUUCGACACACUAUGCUCCCAGCUUGAGGACCAGCGAAAAGCACACGAGCCCAAGUGCAUCGGUCCCGACCUACGCCGGUACGGCACAUACUACGCCAUCGUGCAGGCACUGCUAUACGCCUUCUGCUUCCGAUGGCGCGAUCUCAUCGUCACACCCGACGGCACGUUGCCCACCGACGCAGACAUCAUGUACCACGAAGGCGACUUCCAGUGGCACCGGUCGACCCUCGAAACCAUACGCCGCAACAUCUUCUGCAAGCUGAACCCACUCAGAAUCUGCGCACCGGAAAUCGUCAAGCAGUUCGGCCGCAUCGCCAAGCACCUCCGCUUCACAUACAUCGAUACGCUGGUAGAGACAAAUAAGCGUGUACGACUGUCCCGCAGUCUGGCCAGUGGGUACCUCAACGGUAUCGGCGGCCGAGAGACUGCUCUCACAAGCAAGAAGGGCGAGGAGGCCUUCCUCCUGGACGCAUACUUUCCUUUCGAUCCAUACGUGCUCCCACGGAGCAAGCGCUGGGUCGAGCACGACUACGUAGCAUGGCGGCCGGUACCCGGUAUGCCCGUCGAAAGAGACGACGACGAUGAUGAAGAUGAGGAGGAGGACGACGACGACGAAGAUGAUGCUGAUGAUGACAGCGACAGCACAUCAGAAGCGGAAUCCGAGGACGAGGAUGGCGUCGCAAACCCCGACGACCUUGACGACGGUAGUACGGAAGCUAGUCUAUGA